AUGCCGAAUCCAGUACUCCCAAUUGAACUAUUGUCAGACAUAAUCAGGCAUCUGGACGACAAUUACUUUAGUCUUUUUAAUUGCCUAUUUGUAAACAGAGCAUGGUGUAAGGCGACCGUUCCAAUUCUUUAUCGAAGCCCGCUCGCACUUUAUCAAAGACGGUCCGUACCUCCAACAACAAGUAGCCCAAAACAAGACUUGGCUUAUAUGCCAAUCGACACAUACUUGGCCUCUCUUCCUGCGUCAAUGCGAGAAGCGUUUCCUGAUUUGAAGGAAAAGUUUCCUAAUGAAUUCAAGCCGCUCUUCAAUUAUUAUUCCUAUCUAGAAUAUUUAUCUGAUGAGGCAUUGUUCAAUAGUGUUAUCAAUAGUUUUGACACUGCAGCUGUACCUGUGGCCCUAACAGAAUAUGCGGGAAUAUAUGCAGCGCUGCUCUUCAUGUUCAUAAAUGAGGCAAAGAGGUUGAAGACACUCGACCUAGUCUGUAUGUUCAGAACUGAAUUAAUAUUACAACAGUCGGAAAGAUGGCCUAUUGGAAACCUUGGGCACACCAGGGGGCUUGUCUCUCUAACAGUAAGUGUGCCUGGAUUGACUGAUAUCAAUCCGAAAGCCAAACACCUGCAAAGUCAUGGUCAAAUUGCGGACAUUAUUUUGAAUCAGAAACGAAUAAAGGUGAUAAAAUUGAAAAUAUUCGGCAAAGUUAGCCAUGUGAUUAUGGAUACAUUAUUACAAAAGAGGAACACUUUGGAAGUCAUUAGAUUCGUUAGGUGUAAUUUCGAUGACUAUCCUUUGGAAGAGUGGAAGAGUAAAUUGGGCAACGUUGCCUUGGAAUUUAUCAGAUGUCAUAAUAUUCCGGAUAGCAAGUCUGUAGAUCGGACUAGUUAUACCAUGUCUAUGCGUUCAUAUCCGCUACGAUAA